AUGGCUGAAAAGGCUCCGAACUCAAGGUCGCCCGUAGGCACUCGAGAAAACAGGAAGAUCGCUCGAGAUCAGUGCAGGGAGGCACUUGCAGAUCAUAUCAACGAAAGGACAGGGUUGGAAAUACAACCAAGCCAAGUUCGACUCUACAGGACAGAGAAGAACGGAUACUCAUGGAAAGUUCACAGCGAUCCCAUCAGAUCUCUCUUUUCGAGAGGCCUGAGCAGUCUCGGAAUGGCUACGCUUCAAAAGCUACGUCAUGAAGUCGGUUAUGGCUUUGAGGCUGUUCCAAGCAGAACAGGAAGAAGAACUCCUCAUGAGCCUGAGAUGAUUCCCGGGCCAGCACCGAACCGAUCUCAUAUUUCUGUUGGCCGUGGCGGAGAGACAGAUGAUGUAAAAUUCCAAGGGGUCGACUACCACGGUCAUUCAUUCAGCCAACAGUUGGCGGGAGACGAAGCCGAGUCAAGGCGACUCGCGAUCGAGCUUCAAAAUACUAACGCACAGCUCGAGUUUGCUCUCCGGCAGCUCCAAGAGUGCACAGCACAGCUCCAGGGAAUCGUUCAAAAAAAGGAGUACUACGAGUCCUCCCUAUUAAGAGUUUUUCUCGCAAUGAACGAUAUAGGGCGAGUGGUAGAGGGGCUGCAAGAAGAGAGCUGCAGAGCUUUGAGCGGGCACAGUGAUACUGAGCAAGCUCCCAACACAUUUCAAUAUGAGAACAGGUAG